UAUUUUCAUUUUUUGACAGCAAAAAAAUGAAAUAAAAAUAAUUCUCUUGUUUGUUGAAAAAGCCUGUAUUUUUUUCCUUUGAUAUUAUUCACAAUUCAAGCACACUGCUGAGAAUCGAGAAAGAGUGAUUGAUCAGUCACAAUUCACUCUGAAACACUCUGAUUGAAUUGUAGAGGGAGAAAUUUCGUUGAUAAACAUUUAAUUUUACCCCUUUUUUCCCCAAUUUUAUUUUCGCUGAAAAACUAGGGUUUCGCAGCUUUUUAAAGGGUUUCAAAUUAGGGUUUUUCAUGAUUUUCCAUUUAAUUGGUUUGUGAUGAAUUAUGAGUCCUGAUUGUAUUGAUUUCUGGGUGUUUGGAUUGAAAAUUUCGUUUUUUUGGUGCCCUUUUAUGAGAAUCUUAGCCCCUCAAUAGUUAUUGGGAGGUUUUGCAAUUUGAGGUAUUCAUCAAUGGCGAGUACAGGGGAGACAGACCGUAAACGACGUCAUUUGAGCUCUAUUUCUCCUACUGCAACUGCUGCCAUGGCCAAGAAACCGCCUUUCACGCCUAUUUCUGAGGACAAGAAGAUUGACACUGCUGUACUUCAGUUUCAAAAUCAGAAGCUGGCUCAGAAGCUCGAUGUUCAGAAGAUGGAAAUAACAUCCCUUGAGAAAAAAUUGGCACUGCGGAAAGAGAAGCAAGAGUCAUUUGAAAAAUUGUUGGCAGUGGUUAAUAAUAGCUGGAAUAAGCUUCUUGAUGAUGUGGAAGCCCGAUCUGUUCACAUCAAAGGCAUGGUUAGAAGUGGGGGAAAUUUUCUUCUUUCAGGAGUUACGGAAGAUGGUUCUUCCUCCUCUGCUGAUGAUGUAUUUUUAAAGCGACUUAAAACAGGCUCACCCGAACCAUGCUUAGCUACUAAUUCCCUUGAUCAGAUGAUAGAAGAUGGGGAUAAAGCUUGUGAAAAAUCCAGAAAUAUUGUGCGUAAUAUAGGGACUGCUGUUGAUGACUUGUGUCAUAUGAAAGAUGGAUUAUACGCUGCUGUAUUGAUAGCACUUCCAGAGGAUGGUUCAUGCAGGCAGAAACCAUCCAAUGAUAUGUUAGCAGAAGUUAGGAAUUUGCGCUCCGCUCUUAGUGAUCUUCAUUUGAAACACAAAUCACUUGCAAAUGAACUGCGUAAGCAUCAGGAUGGUGAUUUGAAGAAUAAAGCCGAACUGGUUUAUUUGCGAGAGGAGUUGGAGAGUGUCAUCUUAGAGCUGGAAGAAAGUAACCAUAAGUUGGCAGCUAUAAAAGCAGAGAAAGAUGCAACAAAGGGGACAUUUUUCCCAGUUUUGAACAUGGGAAAUAAGCAUACCUCAAAUGACAGGACGGAAGACAAACAAAAAGAAGAUCUGCAAAAUUUGGAAUCAACAUUGAAGGAGUCAUUGGCUCAGUCAUCUUCCCGACUACAAGAACUCAAGAGUUUGCAUGAGGAAAGGAUAGAAAUUUUGAAGAAGCUUUCCAGUUUGCAGGGUACAUUGAAAAAUGUGAAGUUAAUAUCAUGUGCUAGCGCUUUUAAGCUAGUGAAAGAAGAACUUGAGAAGUCUAAAGCUGAUGUUAUCCAGUAUCAAGCCUUCUUUGAAAAACUUCAGAUCGAGAAAGAUAAGGUUAUUUGGAAAGAAAGAGAAGUAGCGGUAAGAAAUGAUCUUGGCGAUGUUUUUCGAAGGACUUUGACCACUGCUAGCUCUAGAAUUGAUGAGCUUGAAUCUGAGAUUCAAAGACAAAAUGAUGAAAGAAAGCGAAUAGAAGCCAAGUUGGAAGAAGCUUCUAUAGAACCAGGAAGGAAAGAAAUAAUUUCAAACUUUAAGGAAUUUGUUUCUUCAUUCCCUGAGGACAUGAGUUCUAUGCAAAGUAAACUACACAAGUACAAGGAAACAGCUGCUGAUGUCCAUGCUCUGCGUGCGGAAGUACAAUCCCUCUCCAAUGUUCUUGCCAGGAAGGCCAAAGAUUUGGAGACAUUAUCUAGUAGAUCAGCUGAUCAAGAUGCCGAAAUACAGAGACUACUGGCUGCGGUUCAGGAUCUGAAAGAGAGUGAUACGGAACUACAGCUUAUUGUGGAGAUGUACAGACGUGAAUCUGCCUUACCAAGAAUUUUUUUAGAGGCAAGGGAUAGGGAGUACCAGGCAUGGGCUCAUGUGCAUAACCUGAAGUCUUCUCUUGAUGAACACAAUAUGGAAAUACGUGUGAAAACAGCUAUUGAAGCUGAAGCCCAAUCCCAACAACGCCUAGCUGCUGCAGAAGCUGAAAUUGCAGACUUAAGGGAGAAGUUUGAAUCCUCUGAAAGGGACAAGUCAAAGCUUUCAAAUGCAUUGAAGUCUAAGCAUGAAGAGAAUGAAGCCUACUUAUCUGAGAUCGAGACUAUUGGACAGGCCUAUGAUGACAUGCAAAACCAAAACCAGCACUUGUUGCAGCAAAUUACUGAGAGAGACGACUAUAACAUCAAGCUUGUACUGGAAGGCCAGCGCAGUAAACAGUCACAUGAUCUUCUACUUGCGGAGAAACAAAGUCUGCAGAAGAAAAUACAGCAGGGCAGUGUUUCACAAGACUUUUUUGAAAUGAAAGCUGCAAGAAUUGAGGAUCAGGUGAAAAUGUGCUCCGACCAGAUCAAUAGACACGCAGAAGAUAGGUGUCAAAACUCAGUUUCAUUGGAAAAUAUCCAAAGGAAGCUGUUAGAAUCAAGAAAGUCUUCUCAGCUGGCUAAAGAAACUUUGGAUGGACUACAAAGUAGAGUCAAAGAUGGUCGAGCAAACCUUUCUAACUUGCAGAUAGAGUUGGAGAAAGAAAGGUUUGAGAAGAAAAGGGUAGAGGAGGAAUUGGAAGCAGUAAAGAGGAAAGCUGAAUAUCUUAAACUGCAAAAAGAGGGUUCUGUUGCAGAAAAGCUUCAGCAGGAGCUGCAAGAAUACAAGGAAAUACUUAAGUGUGGUGUUUGCCUCGAUAGACCAAAGGAGGUUGUAAUUACAAAAUGCUACCAUCUAUUAUGCAGUCCAUGUGUUCAGAAAGUAAUUGAAUCCCGCCAUCGCAAGUGCCCUGUGUGUGCCGCAAGCUUUGGCCCAAAUGAUGUGAAGCCAGUUUACAUCUGAUAAGCCAGCUGUUAAGCAGCUACAGUGACAUUUUUAUGGGUUUUUUUCCUGUUGCACUGGCAUGUCCAAGACCCAUCUGUAUAUUCCCAAACUUUUCUUGUAGUGUUUAGUCCAUAGCCAAUUAGGUUUAAGGAGAUGCUCAAAAUUUUCCUCCAAAGUGCAUAUUUAUAGAAUUGUAGACUUGUAGAGCUCUGUUUUUCUUCUUUUUUUUCUUUCUUUUUUUUUUCUCCCCUCUUUUUUGUAGUUAACUGUAUUGUUUUUAGUAGCUGAUACAUCUUGGAGCUGCAAUGGGUACUUACUGUCAAUUGCAAUCCAAAUGAACCACAAAGAUAUGAAGUUCCUUGGCAGAAAUUUUGUGAUUCUGUUGAUUUUUUAAUUGCCGUCUCA